UCAACUUCCUCCGGCCUGCUUCCCAAGAGGAAGAGAAGCCUGCCCGUCCCCCGGCUCCCACUGCGCGGUUCGGGCAGUGGAACCAGGCGAGGUCGGUGCGCUUGGAGAGAAGGACCACGAAUCGCGGCCGCCGCGCUCCGGGGAGACAUGGAGAACAUUCUGGCGCUGCCCAAGCGGCCUCUGUCCGUGCGGCUGAGCGUCGAGGUGGACGUGGGCCUCGUGCUGCUCACGUUGCUGGCGCUGUGGAGCCGACUAGGGGGACUUGCGUACCCCGGCGCCGUUGUAUUUGAUGAAGUAUAUUACGGGCAAUUUGUGAGUCUCUAUGUGAAUGGGGUGUUCUUCGUGGAUCAAAGUGGGCCCCCGCUGGGACACAUGCUGCUGGCGCUGGGCGCAUACCUGGGUGACUUCAAUGGAAACUUCACGUGGGAGCGAAUUGGAGCAGAGUAUAACGCGGCAGUGCCCGUGCGUGCCCUGCGCGCCGUGCCGGCGUUGUGCGGGGCACUGACCGUGCCACUCGCUUACCUCAUCUCGACGCAGCUUGGACUCUCCCCCCUCGGCGCCAUCCUCGCCGGCCUGCUGAUGCUCAUGGACAAUGCGCUGCUGACUCAGUCUCGCUUCGUGCUGCUGGAGCCACUUCUCAUCUGCUUCUCGCUUCUCUCCGUGCUGUGCGCCCUGAAACUCCGCACAGCGCGGUCAUUCUCGGUGAGCUGGUGGGGGUGGCUGCUAGCCACGGGAACGGCAUGCGGACUUGCGAUUGGGGUGAAAUACACGGGUGUUCUCACCCUUCUGCUGGUGUGCACGCUGGCGGCGAGCGACAUUUGGCGUCUGGCAGGAGAUCGCACGCUGACUCACCUGUGCGUGUGUGCGCACGUGGUGGCUCGGGUAGCCGGGUUCCUGCUGCUGCCGCUGCUACUCUACGUCGCCACCUUCUGGCUUCACCUGCAGCUGCUGCAAAACACGGGGCCCCACGACCACCUCAUGAGCAGCGCCUUCCAGGCCUCGCUCAAGGGUGGGCUGGCUCGCAUCACUCAGGGCCAGCCGCUGGAGGUGGCGUUUGGUUCGCAAGUGACGCUGCGCAACGCGCACACCCCCUGCUGGCUGCACUCCCACCGGGACGUCUACCCCAUCACGUACGUGAACAAGAAAGGCAGCUCCCACCAGCAGCAGGUGACCUGCUACCCAUACAAGGACAUCAACAACUGGUGGAUCGUCAAGCACCCACACAGUCAGUCCCUGGUGGUCGACUCUCCCCCGGUCCCCGUGCGGCACGGUGAUAUCGUGCAGCUCCUCCACGGCAUGUCGACAAGACUCCUCAACAGUCACAACGUGGCGGCGCCGAUAACGCCGACAUGCCAGGAGGUGUCCUGCUACGUGGACUACAACAUAUCCAUGCAGGCGCAGCCCUGGUGGCGCGUGGAGGUGCUGAACCGUGCCUCGGACAAAGACUCUUGGAAAACCAUCGUGUCGGACGUCCAGCUGGUCCACGUGAACACGAGCGCCGUGCUGCGGGUGAGCGGGGCGGUGCUGCCCGAGUGGGGCCACGGGCAGCCGGAGGUGGUGGCCGACCUCACGCUGCGCCCGGUCCACCCUGGGUCACGCUGGAACGUGGAGGAGCACCGCCACGGGCGCUCGCAGGAGCAGGCGGAGCGCGAGCAGGAGCUGCGCUCUCCGAUCCCCAAGCACAUCCCCCAUGACCUGGGAUUCCUCGCCAAGUUCUACGAGUUGCAGUGGAAGAUGCUGACAUUCCCCGUGGAGGAGCAGGAGCACAGGUACAUCUCUACGCCUCUGCAGUGGCUCCGCAUGAGCUCCAGCAUCGCCUACUGGAUGGACCCUCACACCAACGCUCAGAUCCACCUGCUGCCCAACCCGCUGCUCUGGGUGUCGGGCUGCGUGUGCCUCCUCCUCUACUGCGCGUGCCUCGUCCGCUACCUCCUGCGCCGUCAGCGCGCCAUCUCCGACCUACCUGCCGAGUGCUGGGAGCGGUUCCUGCUGGCCGGCUGGCUGGGCCUGGGCGGCUGGGCGAUGCACUUUGUGCCGUACCUGCUCACCGAGCGAGGCCUCUUCCUCUACCACUACCUCCCCGCGGCCACCUUCCACACGCUGCUCAUCCCCGCACUGCUGGAGCACGUUCACACACACGUCGUCAGGUCCCUGGCUGGCCGGUACGCGCUGCUGGCUGGCUGCGUGGCGUGGCUGGCCACCGUCUACGCGAGCCACGUGCAGCUCGCCCCUCUCUCGAUGGGCACCCCGGCGCUCUCUGCCCAGCAGCUCACCUCGCUGCGCUGGAGCGAGGGAUGGGACUUCCUCGUGCACCCCACGCAAUGACGUAGCACCCCACACUGCACACCACACCACACAGCACCCACAUAGCGCACCACAACGCACACCACAUAGCACCCACAUAGCGCACCACACAGCACCCACACAGCACACCGCACCGCACACCACACACUGCACACCACACAGCACCCACACCGCACACCACACCGCACACCGCACACCACACAGCACCCCACACAGCACACCACAUAACACACCACACAGCGCACCGUGAUAAGCAGUGCACCACACUGCGAUACACACACACGCAACAAAGACAAGAUCCCCCCCCCCCCCCUGUAUUAUAGCCUUAACAGACUGUUGGGGCAAGUGCUGUUAGCGAGAAGUUGUGAAGGCCGUGACGGCACACGAGGGGGUGGGUGGCCAGCACCACGCCCGACUGCAUGUCUUCCCAGUGGCGAUGUUUACACACCGCACCAGGUACUCAUUUAAGGCCGAGUCGACCUAGGGAAGGCCCAGGACCAGUUCAGAUAAUCGUCACCGUUGGAGGCUAUAAUGCACACAGGGUGACUCACUCACGCACCAUGAUGCAAACACAAAACUGCGACAUCACUGACCGGGUGUCACUAUAAAGGUCAGAGGGAAAUUUAAAUAUCCUGGAGUGGCUGGCAAAUAGGUCGACUUUGUAAUAAUACUGUGCAGAGGUUUGGAAGUGACUUUGGGAGUGGGGCAAUUUAAAUAUGAUUCAUGACUGGGUGUGCUCACCGCGCGCACUUUGCAAGAAUGCGAGUGGGUGGGGCUUUAUUUUUUGGUAAUUUAAAUAUUCAUGAGCGGGGAGUGGCUGUAAAAUGGGUACACUUUGUAAUACUCGACUCAGGUUUGGAAGUGGCUUUGGGUGGGGUAAUUUAAAUAUUGAUGAUUCGGGAGUGGCUGUCAUACGAGGGUCCAAGUUUCUUAAUGUGUACGAGUGGUGAGGAUUGCAUUAAAUAUAUAAUUUUUAUGUCCAUGA